AUGGCGCUCGUUCUAGAAUCUCGUGCCCCCUCUCCUUCCCUCUCUGGCUUCAACUCUCCCCUCUCUGAUCCUCCAUCCUUCCGGCGAUUCAGUGCGGAAACACCAUGCACCCCGGAAAUGGAGCUGACCCCGACUCAGUGCGUCCUGCGCAACGUCCUCUCCAUAAACACCGGGUGCGAGGUGGAGCCUGUGGGCGGUGGAGGAGAGGGUCAGACUGUUUGCGGGCACAACCAGACACCGGGCGAUGAGCAACAGGAGCACUUUGCCAACAGUGUCCUGAAGCUCCACGAGCACGAUGGGUGUCCAGGGAGGACAGAGGGCGAGGGGCAGGAGGCGGACGGCGGCGCCCUCAGGUGCCAGGCCGACGCCGCCAGGCUCCAGUGCCAACCCAGCGGAGGAAGCGGAGGGUUCCUGGAGGGGUUGUUUGGAUGUCUGCGUCCUGUCUGGACUAUGAUCGGCAAAGCGUACUCCACGGAGCACAAACACAACCUGGAUGAGGCGUGGGAGGUCCCAUUCGAGGAGAUAUCCGACCUGCAGUGGGUCGGCAGCGGAGCUCAGGGCGCCGUCUUCCUGGGCAAACUGUACGGACAGGAAGUGGCCGUCAAGAAAGUGAGAAACAUCAAGGAGACCGACAUCAAGCACCUGCGUAAGCUCAAACACCCCAACAUCAUCACCUUCAGAGGUAUUUGUACCCAGGCUCCAUGUUACUGCAUCCUCAUGGAGUACUGUGCCCAGGGACAGCUGUACGAGGUGCUGAGAGCAGGCAGGAAGAUCACUCCCUCCCUGCUCAUGGACUGGGCCAUGGGGAUCGCCGGGGGCAUGAACUACCUCCACCUCCACAAGAUCAUCCACAGAGACCUCAAGUCACCAAACAUGCUGAUCACCUACGACGACUCAGUGAAGAUCUCGGACUUCGGCACGUCCAAAGAGCUCAGCGACAAGAGCACCAAGAUGUCCUUCGCUGGGACGGUGGCCUGGAUGGCUCCCGAGGUCAUCCGCAACGAGCCUGUCUCGGAGAAGGUGGACAUUUGGUCGUUCGGCGUGGUGCUGUGGGAGAUGCUGACCGGAGAGGUGCCCUACAAGGACGUGGACUCAUCCGCCAUCAUCUGGGGGGUGGGCAACAACAGUCUGCAGCUGCCGGUGCCUGAAAGCUGUCCAGAGAGCUUCAAGCUGCUCCUGCGUCAGUGCUGGAACUGCAAACCAAGAAACAGGCCGUCUUUCCGACAGAUCCUCCUGCACCUGGACAUCGCCUCAGCAGAUAUUUUAUGUACUCCACAGGAAACGUACUUCCAGACUCAGGUGGAGUGGAGGGACGAGGUGAGGCUCCACUUUGAGCAGCUCAAAUCCGAGGGCACGUGUAUCCACCGGCUGGACGAGGAGCUGAUCAAACGACGCAGAGAAGAACUGAGACAUGCACUGGACAUCCGGGAGCACUACGAGAGGAAGCUGGAGAGAGCCAACAAUCUCUACAUGGAGCUUAAUGCCAUCAUGCUGCAGCUGGAAAUCAAAGAGAAAGAACUGCUCAAGAGGGAGCAUUCACUGGAUAAGAAGUACCCGGGCUGCUUCAAGCACCCCAGCUCCAGACAGUCAGCCUCCUCCAACUCCAUGGAGAAACUGCUGAAGAGACGCAACGUACCUCAGAAACUGCCCUCGUACAGCAAGAGGCCGGACUUGCUAAAGUCAGAGGUCAUCCUCCCAAAACUGGACUCCUCCAUGACCCAGGUCACGAUACCCAACAAAGGCUCUACCUCCCCUGGCCGCUCACGCAGAGGAAAGCCCCGCUACAGGAAGGCUGGAAAAGGCAGCAGUGGGGAUUUGGCUCAGCUGAAAGCCACCCUCUCUUCGUCUUUAGCAAUGGUCAAUGUCACGUCAUCCGUUCCCAGCAGCAAGCACCAUCUAGACCCCAGUGCGGCCCUCAGGGGCCUGCAGCAUGACCUGCUGCUCAAGAAGAUGUCCUCCUCGAGCCCCGACCUCAUCUCCACCACCCUGGAGGCCGAGGGCCGGAGGAAGGGGCAGGUGAGGCCCGGGCUGGACAGGGUGGGCAGCCAGAGCGCCUCAGCCGGUCUGGGGGAGAGCAGAAGGACUGAUGGGGCAGAGGAGGGGCCGAAUGUAGGUGGAGGGGCCGACAACCUGGCGGGAACACCUCCGCGAAGUGACACGCCCAGCGAGGACGCAGCUUCUAUUCCGUUCUCCAGCAGCCCCGACUCGCCGUGCGGCCGGGGAGCCGCCGCGGGGAGGACGUCUGUGCUCGGCUGCCCCCGCGUUCCCCACGACAGCGAGGAGAAGGAGGAGGCAACGGUGAUCACGCGCUCACCCAGGAGUCAGCGGCUCACGCCUGCAGCGCUGCUCUACAGGGCAGCAGUGACACGCAGUCAGAGACGUGGCGUGUCGUCAGAGGAAGAAGAAGGAGAAGUGGACAGUGAGGUGGAGCUGCCGAGAAGACGGCGUCCCGUGAGCAUGACCAAGUGCCAGUCCCUGUCCACGUUUAGCUCGGAGAACUUGUCGGUGUCGGACGGCGAGGAGGGGAACACCAGUGACCACUCCCACAGCGGGACGCCGGACGUGGUCAGCACCAAUACCGACGAGCGUCUGGACGACAAGAGCGAUGACCUGCUGUCCCAGGGCUCGGAGAUUCCCGCCGACCCGACUGACCAGCUGGCCUCCGACGGGCUGUCUGAGAAGGAAGCCAUACUGCGACAAGUCAAGACCCAUCUCGCAUCAAACGACCAUAACUAUGAGGGUCUGUACGACGACUCCGACUGUGACAGCGCCGAGCUGGACCACUCAGGCAGCGCCGAGCCCAGCCAGCCUCCAGCCAACUGGUGA